AUGCCUAAUUUCACAGAUGUGACAGAAUUUAUUCUCCUGGGGCUGACCUGUCGUCAAGAGCUACAGGUUCUCUUCUUCGUGGUGUUCUUAGCAGUUUACAUGCUCAGUCUUUUGGGAAAUAUUGGUAUGAUCAUUUUGAUAAGCAUCAGUCCUCAGCUUCAGAGCCCCAUGUACUUUUUCCUGAGUCAUCUGUCUUUUGUGGACGUGUGCUUCUCCUCCAAUGUUACCCCUAAAAUGCUGGAAAACUUACUAUCAGAGACAAAAACCAUUUCGUAUGUGGGGUGCUUGGUGCAGUGCUACUUUUUCAUUGCCCUUGUCCACGUGGAGGUCUAUAUCCUGGCUGUGAUGGCCUUUGACAGGUACAUGGCCAUCUGCAACCCUCUACUUUAUGGCAGUAAAAUGUCCAGGACUGCGUGUGUUCGACUCAUCUCUGUGCCUUAUGUCUAUGGAUUCUCUGUCAGCCUAAUAUGCACACUAUGGACUUAUGGGUUGUACUUCUGCGGAAUCUUUGAAAUCAAUCACUUCUAUUGUGCAGAUCCCCCUCUCAUCAAGAUUGCCUGUGGGGGAGUGCACAUCAAAGAAAUGACAAUGAUUGUUAUAGCUGGAAUUAACUUCACGUAUUCCCUCUCAGUGGUCCUCAUCUCCUACACUCUCAUUGUAGUAGCUGUGCUACGCAUGCGAUCUGCCGAUGGCAGGAGGAAGGCGUUCUCCACCUGUGGGUCCCACCUGAUGGCUGUUUCUCUGUUUUACGGGACUCUCAUCUUCAUGUAUCUCAGGAGACCCACUGAGGAAUCUGUAGAGCAGGGGAAAAUGGUGGCUGUGUUUUACACCACAGUAAUUCCCAUGUUGAAUCCCAUGAUCUACAGUCUGAGAAACAAGGACGUGAAAGAAGCAGUCAGCAGAGCAAUCACCAAGACAUUCGUGGGGCAAUAA